GGCUGUGACCAGUGAGUGGCGAUGGUUGAUGUGUGAGGGCGGACGGUGAAGUCGGUGUUUAUGUCGGCCCCGCGGUGUUUUUGCUGUUAUUCGGGAAGCGGCUGCGGGUGAACAUGGCGGCAGUGGACCGCAAACUGAGCCGGGAGGAGCUCGCCGAGCUGGUCUCUCUGGCCUUGCGCUGCGGCCUCAGCCAGAGGGACGUCGCGGGGCUGCCGUCGGUGCAGAAGCUGCUGGGCCGCUCCCGCUCCGGCGCCUGGCGCGGCCUGCACGCCUCGGCCGCCCUCCUGCUCCUGGUCCUCCUCCUGGGUGGCCCGCUCCUCCAGCCCGGCCUCCGCCUGUGGUUCUGGAUCCGCGGCCUGCCGCCCCACACCCAGAUGUGCGCUCUGGGCCUGGGCGAGCUGCACAACCCGUUCCGCCGGCCCCUGGACUGCCGCGUCUGCCGCAACAUCACCGGCGUCGACCGGCGGAGUAACCUGAGUCACGAGGAGUUCCUGCGGGCGUACGCCUACUCCAUGCAGCCGGUGGUGGUGGAGGACGGCCAGAGGAACUGGUCCGCCAGGGAGAUCUUCAGCUUCGAGUUCUUCACACGGAUCUACGACAACGAGAGCCGGGCCCUGGACAGCAGCGCCAGCGAGUGCCAGUUCUUCCCCUACGACACCGAGUUCGUGAACCUCGGCGAUGUCUUCAGUAUGGAGGCCGGCCGUGCCGCCGGCAUGGACAGCAAGGCCAAGCCGUGGUACAUUGGAUGGAGUAACUGUGAUUCCAGUGCAGCAAGUAUCCUGAGACAGCACUAUAAGCGACCAUAUUUUAUCCCAGCCAUUUCUGAAUCCAGUAAAAUGGAUUGGAUAUUCAUGGGAGUACCAGGGCAUGGAGCCCACAUGCAUUUGUGCUGGACACAAAUAAAUGGUUUCACGAAACACACAUUUUGGGUGAAGAACUCAGUAUUACUAUUGGUUCGGAAUAUGACUGACUUUGAGCAGGUCUUAAUCUCGGGAAAAGAAACACAAUGCCACAAUGUAAUGGCUUCAGAAGAAGAAUUGGGAGAAGGCUAUGGGAUUGGCUAAUGACUGUUACAGUUUGGAUGUAAGCCCAGCUUUAUGCAUAGGUGGACCAUUGUACACAACAUCUGACGAUGGUCAACUGAAAGGACUGUAGGAUUUACGUGUCUCUUAAUCCUUGAAGCUUAAUUUUUCAGAAUGUCGGAACAGGGCAGAAGAAGAUAAAUAGAUUCAUUAAUACUACUGUUUCUGUUUCUGUUGCUGUUUUUAAAAAAAAAUUCUGAAGAUGUAACACCCUUUACCUUUGGAUAACUGGCUUUCAGAAAAUGAGACUGAAGAGUUUGGAUCCGAGCAGUGUGUUAAUAUUCCUUAGUGACCACCACACACACGUUGAAAUUUACAGUCACACUGUCUUGUUACCAAAUACAACAGAAGUUUCAAAAAUGUUCUUUAUUCCCUCUCCCAAAUUUCAAACUGUCACAAUUGCUGCAGAUUUCCUGCAAGGUUCUUUCAUUCACUUUCAAUCCUGUUCAGCACUAGUGUAUUUUAUUUACAGUGAGGUUUCAUUUGUUAGCUGAUGGGCCAUUUAUAAAAUAUAUAGAACUCUGAAAUCUCAUCUCAGUACUUUAAAAUUGGUUCACAGGUCAUUGAUUUCAUUGUUUGACUCUGUGAACUUAGAGUUUCACUGAUCUGGUCUGUUAAUCUUGUAUGCAAUUCAACUCAUUAACUGUUUCCUCAACACAGAUGCUGUCAGACUUGCUCAGGAUUUUCAGCAUUGUCAGUUUUUAUUAUUAACUGAUCUCUCACUUCCAGCUUUUAAAGCAGUGCACAUGCUGAAUAUUCCACAACAUUAUUGGCUUCCAAUGAGAUGAGUUUGCAGUUACCUGGUUUUAUUCCUUUUCUUUUAAAAACUUGUUCAAAACAGUAGCUCUGAAUAAAUCCAACUAGAGAUUGCAAUUGGAUUUUCCAGCUUUCAUAUUGAAAUUACAGAGUGGCAGCUGUGAACGGCCUGGCUAUUUCAUUGCAACAACAUUAGCCCUUCCAUUUAAUUCUAACUUGAUGUCAGAAAUAUUUACAAUUUAAAAGAAAUAAUCAGAUGAUUUACUGUAAGUACAGGUGAAUUAUCAGCAAAGCAUUUAAAAUUAAAAUCCUUAUCAUACACAAUGAAUUUAAUUUGUCCAAACUUGCAGUAGGGAGCCCUACAUUGUGAUUCAGAGGAUCAGCUGUAUGUUGUGAUGCAGAGCCAAUCAGGCUAGGAAGGACCACUUUUGAGCAAAAAAAUCAUGUCGAGUUGGAAAGUCAUGUAUAUGACCCAUGUACAUCCAGCCUUUGAGGGGGGAAUUCAGGAUGGUUGGAGGUUUGGGUUGUGGGAGGGAAUUGAAACUUUGUGGUGGUUCCUGGUCCAGACUGCUAACCAGUGAUUCACCUGGUUUGGACUGGAAUGUGGCUUACUGGUAAACUCCAGCCCAGUCCUGGUAAGUGAAGACUGGAGCUCAGGCUCUGAAAUCCAGUGGGAUACUUGGCUAAGUGUCUCCCCUACUACAUUGUUUGGUUUGUAUUGGUAAACCCUCCCAGUGUAAAAGAUUAAUUAUUCUAUCAGCUGGUAUAAAGCUGGAAGGAGUGUUCACUUUGCAGGCUGUUAGUCAGCCUGCCAGUCCUUCUAAUGCUGCACUCUUUUCUCCAAAGGAACAGUGUGAAGAUAUGAAAACAGUCUCCAUGUUGAAUGUGUGUAAGUGGACAGGGGAUCAGGUUCUAUUGGAAUAAAUAGCUCAUAUUUGUAUACAGUGUAUGUUGGGACGAGGCUUAUAUAGGAGGUAAUCGAGAGCUACUUGCAUCUGUGCGACUGGAACUGCCUUCAUAAAAAGAAAGAAAAGGUGUAAAUGUUUAAUUCAGCCUGAGUGAAGUUGACCAUCCACAUGUCACUUCAUAUUUGUCUGAUUUCAACCAAAAUCCUGCAUUUGAUUCGCCAGUUCAUGACCAGUUAUAUUCAUAGUCCACUCCAAAGCAGGUGAGCUUUUCUCUGAUAUUUCUCUCUAAACUCCAUCCUUUUCAAGUGCAAAGCUGAGCAUAUUACUUGCAGCUGCUGUUAACCUCAUGACAUUUUGUGUCUAAAUUCCUUGGCUUUGCUUGUUUACAGUAAUGACACUUCUGUAACUGCAGUAUUCAUUUGUAAUGUAUAAUGUGUUUAAUAUGUGGUUUAAAGACCUUAUGUUUCUGUUAGAAAGAUAUGUAACUAACUUGGCUAUGUUUUGUAAGUCACUGUCCUGUGGACACUUCCUAUAAAAAUUUCUCAAGUUACUUGAUGUAACCCAUUUGUCUGAUUUUCAUAUGGGAAUAAAGGUUUUUUUCUGUGGU